AUGGCCUGCAACAUGAAGCAACUCCGCCACAACGAGCGGGUCCUACGCUUCAUGCUGCAACAGCAGCCACCUCUGCAGUUGCGAGGCCUGCCGGCGCUUCAGCUGUACGCCCUUCAGCAGCACCACCAGCAGCACCAGGGGCCCGAACAGCAGCGAAGCGAGGCUCCAGCUGGUUGGGCAUCAUCAGUGCAGCAACUCCUCGAGAUACGUUCGUUGGGGCCGCGGACCCUCAAGCAGUUAGGUGAGGACGACGGUGCCCUACUUAGUGCCUGGGGGCCUCAUGGACCGCCGCAGGGGCCCCCAGAGGCGGGCCGCUUGGGGGCGUGGCUGCGACGGUUGGGCCAGCUGUACGAGGACGAGCUGAAGCAACUCGUCGAAAAGAGGCUUCAGCAGGCAGACGAAGAGUACCCAAUUUACACUUCUUACAGCCCAUGA